UUUUUGUUGGCCUCUUUUGCUCAAGUCGACAUUAACAUUGUCUCAAUCCUCAACCAACUCUUGAUCUUCCACACACACACACACACAUAUAUAUAUUAUGGAUAAUGAGCCCUGAAAUUAGUUGCUGUUAGGUGGGUCGAUGUAAUUUGGCGGCAAAAAAGCUUUGUUUUUUUAAAAGAACAUGUUGGGGGAUGGAACCGAGAAGAUGGUUUAGGUACAGUCAUGUUGUCUUGUUCUGCUCAGCCCCUUGUUGGAUUCAGAGCUCCUUGACUGUAUUUUAAUGGAUUUGUUUACUAUAUGCUGCAGAUCUUGAGGUUUGAACCGUUGAAACAAGCUUCUAAUUCCUUGUGGGUCUUCUUCUUCUUCUGUCUUCUCUUAGAGGGGCCGGAGAAUGAGAAUUUUCUUGGGGUCUGUGUGGUUUUUGGAUCUAUUUGAGGAAGUCCGAUUAGGGGGCAACCUUUAUUUUAUAAAAACCAUAAAUUCAAUUAAUUUCCUUAUAUAAUUAUAAUUCUAUGCUUGAGUGGUCACCAAGCUAUUGAGAGCUUGGCCUUUUGAGGCUGCUGCAAGAGCUCAGACAUCUACUGCCCUGCCACCCUUCAUUAGCUGAGAGUGGGAAGUAAGAUGACGGUUUUCGAGCAAGUUAAGGCCGUGGCGGAGGAGGGGGAGCAGAAGAAGUGCGUGCUGGUCGGGAUUCGGUUUGAUAGCCGGAGCAGGGAGCUGCUCAACUGGGCUCUCGUGAAAGUGGCCGACCCGGGGGACCGGGUUGUUGCUCUUCACGUCUGUUGUCGAGGUUCAGAUCACGCUUUACAAGGGCAAUCCCUGCUGGAUAGCUACUUGGAGGUUUAUGAGGGCCUAUGCAACGUUAAGAAGGUUCAACUUAAAGGUCACAUUCUAUGCACAAGUUCGAUAAGACGAGCUCUAGUUCGAGAGGCAAAGAAGGUUGCAGCUGCCGCCCUUCUUGUUGGGAUAGACAAGCACAGUGCCUUCGGGAUACCAACAGGAACAGCAAAGUAUUGUGCCAAGAGACUGCCCUUAUCGACCGACGUAUUGGCCAUCCACAAUGGGAAGAUCGUCUUCAGGAGGUUUGGCCAUAAUCAACUUACAGGUGUUUUCCAAGAUCCGAGACCAAGCCUGUAUACAACUUCUUCCAAGGAGAGCCAAUCUGAGUUCGCUGAAUCAGAGACAGAGACCGAGGAUUCGAGUUCCGAAUUAAAUUUUAGUUUCCGGGAUAAUCCAAUGCCAAGCAAAAGCGCUGUUUAUGGGAGCACAAGGAUUUCAUCAGUAUCUAUCUCAGAAUGUAGCGGGGACCAGUUGGAUUCAAGGCCGGGAUGGCCUUUACUCAGAACGGCUGCUUUGCAAACUCCAGCAGCAGUGGGUCGAAGGAACAUUUCUGUGGUUCAGUGGGCAAUGAGCUUGCCGGAUCGGUCCCAACACAUCUCAGCAACACCGAGAAACAUCUCAAGCAAUUCUGGAUUUGGAAAUAUCCAUACUAACAACUUCUCUGCGCAAGACGAGCUAUCAAAGCAGAUGGAUCUUCUCAUCAACAGAAAGACCUCCGAUUUUGCUUGGGUCAAUUUUGAAGUACUACGCAAAUCAACUUCUCAGUUCUCCUCAGAAAAUCUGAUCGGGAAAGGAGGGUCUAAUCGGGUGUAUAGGGGAACCCUCUCAGACGGCAGUGAAGUGGCUGUGAAGGUUCUGAAGUCGACCAAAGAAUCACGAAGAGAUUUUGCCCUUGAAGUAGAUAUUAUUUCCUCACUGAAGCACAGAUUCAUUAUUCCCCUGCACGGGAUCUGCAUUCAAAACGAUAAUCUCUUCUCUAUCUAUGAUUUCUUUCCAAAGGGAAGCUUGGAAGAGAACCUGCACGGCAAUGGAGAGAACGAAUGUGGAUUGCUAUGGAAGGCACGAUACAACAUAGCCCUCAGAGUCGCUGAAGCACUGAACUACCUUCACAAUGAAAUUUCCCGGCCUGUUAUUCAUCGUGAUGUCAAGUCUUCGAAUAUUCUUCUGACAGAUGACUUUGAACCAAAGUUAUCGGACUUCGGGCUUGCAAUGUGGGCCCCAACAGAUUCGCUAUUCCUGGAAGUCGACUUGGUGGGAACGUUCGGGUAUCUUGCCCCCGAAUACUUUAUGUCCGGCAAAGUUAGCGAUAGGAUCGACGUUUACUCCUUCGGCGUGGUCCUUCUCGAGCUUUUAUCAGGAAGGAAACCCAUCAGCUCUGAGGCUUCAAAGGGACAGGAAAGCUUGAUCAUGUGGGCAAAGCCGAUUAUUGAGAGUGGAGACAUCAAAGGCAUUUUAGAUCCAAGGCUCGAUGGUGAUAUCAAUGAAGUUGAGCUGAGGAGAAUGGUCCUUGCAGCUACCCUUUGCCUCACGCAGGCAGCUCGUCUUCGUCCAAGUAUAAACCAGAUUCUGAAGAUCCUAAGAGGAGAAUGCGAUAUGGACCCAAUGGUCAGCUUCAGCACGAUGAAUUUGGAUGGUUCAGAAAGUACAGAGGAUAAUCACGACGAUGAGGUUUAUCCUGAAUCGUGUGCAGCUUCUCAUUUGGGCCUCGCACUGCUCGAUAUAUGCGAUGAUUUCACAUCAUUUAGUAGCUUGGAGCAGCGGAGCAAUAUUCUCUUUGUGGAGGAGUACAUGAAUGGAAGAUGGAGCCGAUCUUCGAGCUUUGAGUAAUUCAUAAUCAUCAUAGGAACACCAUUCCGUUUUGAUUUUCCACCAUUUCGUGUCUGUAAAGUCUUAUUUUAGCAGAUGGCAGUGCAGGCGUGCAAAGAUGUAGAUAUUAGAGGGUGUAAAUUUCAGAAAGGUCAAGAAUUAAGCAAGCCUUCAAGUGUCGAUGCUGAUA